AUGACGUCUGCUACGGUAAGAUUGUUUUGCCAUAUCGCAGAAAUUAACCUGUGGUUCCUGUCGUUAGUCGUGAUGACUUUACGAAGCGCAGUGGAACUGAUACAAUUCGUAAUCAUGUUGAUAAGGUAUGUGAAAUUGUGUAUUUUUUAAAAUUAAAACAGCCGUACAGAAUUAAUUCCCUAAGUUUUUCUUCCGGGUCUUUAAAACGAUUAGAAUAAAUACACUAUACAAAUAACAAUGCAAUACACUACUUGGACUUUAUGCAUUUGUUCAUAAUAUACACACAUUUUCAUUCAUUUGUGAUAUAAUUUCGAAAACCAUACAUUAGUACCAAUCAAUUCGUAUGGUUUUAUUUUCUUAAAAUUCUUUUGUCGUUAAUUUCACGGGGAAUGUAAAGAUAUGUACAGAAAUAGUAUUAUAUUAUUUUUGAUAUUUUUAGUGUUUUAGAAAUUCGUAUACUCUAAAAAUAAAUUGUAAAUUUAUUUACAGAGCAUUUAUUCGAAACGUAGAACCAGAGGCAGCUAUUCUUGGUAAAUCCAAAGUAGCAACUGCUAACCCCCCUGAGACUUUAUUUCCGGAUGCUACUGUCGGUUCACUACCAACCGACACUACAACGCAACGAAUCGUACCGCCGGUCAAAACACAGUCCAUUACCAAAACGUCAAGUGAGUAGAGCUAUAAUUAUUUUAUAAAACUAAAUUCUCAACAUCGCAACCGUGUACAUUCUAAAGUUCAUUAUACUAUUUCGAAGUAGGGUCUACCACCAUGACUGGAAUAUCGCAUCUGAAUGCUACUGUCGUUCCAGGCAAGACUGACGGUACGACACAGCGCAUUCUACCGCCGGCCAAUACUCAAUCUCCCAUUCGCACUGAUCCACCAAGUUAGUACAGCAAUUAUUAUAAAAUUGAAUCUUAUACAUUAUAAAGUUCAUUAUACUUUUCCGAAGUAGGGUCUACCACCAUGACUGGAAAAUCGCAUCUGAAUGCUACUGUCGUUCUGAGCAAGACUGAUAGUACGACACAGUGCAACUUACCGCCGGCGAAAAUACAACCAAUUACCAAUUCGUCAGGUAAGUAGAGCUAUAAUUAGUUUAUUUAUUAAUUAUUAUAAAAUUGAAUCGUGUACAUUAUAAAGUUAAUUAUACAUUUCCGAAAUAGCGUCUGUCACUUUGACCGAAACAACGUAUCCGACUGCUACUACGCAACACAUUCUACCACCAGCCAAAACACAACCCGUAACCAUUUCGUCAAGUGAGUAUAGCUUUAAUUAUAUUAUAAAACUAAAUUCUCAACAUCGCAAUCGUGUACAUUAUAAAGUUCAUUAUACUUUUUCGAAGUAGGGUCUACCACCAUGACUGGAAUAUCGCAUCUGAAUGCUGCUGUCGUUCCAGGCAAGACUGACGGUACGACACAGCGCGUCAUACCUCCGGCCAAUACUCAAUCUCCCAUUCGUACUGAUCCACCAAGUUAGUACAGCAAUUAUUAUAAAAUUGAAUCGUGUACAUUAUAAAGUUAAUUAUACAUUUCCGAAAUAGCGUCUGUCACUUUGACCGAAACAACGUAUCCGACUGCUACUACGCAACACAUUCUACCACCAGCCAAAACACAACCCGUAACCAUUUCGUCAAGUGAGUAUAGCUUUAAUUAUAUUAUAAAACUAAAAUUUCAACAUCGCAACCGUGUACAUUCUAAAGUUCAUUAUACUUUUCCGAAGUUGGGACUACCACCAUGACUGGAAAAUCGCAUCUGAAUGCUACUGUCGUUCCGGGCAAGACUGACGGUACGACACAGCGCCUCAUACCUCCGGCCAAUACUCAAUCUCCCAUUGGCACUGAUCCACCAAGUGAGAACAGCAAUUAUUAUAAAAUUGAAUCGUGUACAUUAUAAAGUUAAUUAUACAUUUCCGAAAUAGCGUCUGUCACUUUGACCGAAACAACGUAUCCGACUGCUACUACGCAACACAUUCUACCACCAGCCAAAACGCAACCCGUAACCAUUUCGUCAAGUGAGUAUAGCUUUAAUUAUAUUAUAAAACUAAAUUCUCAACAUCGCAAUCGUGUUUAUUAUAAAGUUCAUUAUACUUUUUCGAAGUAGGGUCUACCACCAUGACUGGAAUAUCGCAUCUGAAUGCUACUGUCGUUCCAGGCAAGACUGACGGUACGACACAGCGCAUUCUACCGCCGGCCAAUACUCAAUCUCCCAUUCGCACUGAUCCACCAAGUUAGUACAGCAAUUAUUAUAAAAUUGAAUCGUGUACAUUAUAAAGUUAAUUAUACAUUUCCGAAAUAGCGUCUGUCACUUUGACCGAAACAACGUAUCCGACUGCUAUGAAGCAACACAUUCUANGCCUUUAACGUCAAUUCCGAAAAGUUGUUUUUUGUUUUCGUUCAUAUUUCGCAUUUCAGCUUAACUUGAUUAGAAUUUAUUAAACAACAUCAAUUGAUUUAAAGACAUUUUUCUCGUCUGUUAUUAAUAAAAUAUUUAUUAAUUUAUUUGUUUCAAAUAUUUUCAAUACUGUAUUCUUGUAUUAUACUCGUACAAUUAUAAUGACGUCUGCUACGGUAAGUUUGGUUUGCUAUAUCGCAAAAAUUAACCUGUGGCUCCUGUCGUUAGUCGUGAUGAUUUUACGAAGCGCAGUGGAAUUGAUACGAUUCGUAAUUAUGUUGAUAAGGUAUGUGAAAUUGUAUAUUUUUUAUGAUUUUUAUUAGAUAUGUACAGAAAUAUUAUUAUAUUAUUUUUGAUAUAUUUAGUGUUUUAGAAAUUUGUAUACUCUUAAAAUUAAAUCGUUAAUUUAUUUACAGAGCAUUUCUUCGAAACGUAGAAACAGAGGCAGCUAUUCUUGAUAAAUCCAAAGUAGCAACUAUUACGCCCCCUACGACUUUAUUUCCGGAUGCUACUGUCGGUCCAAGACCAACCGACAGUACAACGCAACGCAUCUUACCGCCGGCCAAAAUACAACCCGUUACCAAUUCGUCAAGUGAGUAUAGCUAUAAUUAUAUUAUAAUACUAAAUUCUCAACAUUGCAAUCGUGUACAUUAUAAAGUUCAUUAUAAUUUUCCGAAGUAGGGUCUACCACCAUGACUGGAAUAUCGCGUCUGAAUGCUACUGUCCUUCCGAGCAAGACUGAUAGUACGACACAGUGCAACCUCCCGCCGGUCAAAACACAACCAAUUACCAAUUCGUCAAGUGAGUAUAGCCAUAAUUAUUUUAUAAAACGAAAUUUUCAACAUCGCAAUCGUGUACAUUCUAAAGUUCAUUAUACUUUCCCAAAGUAGGAUCCGCCACCAUAACUGAGACAACGUAUCCCAAUGCCACAGUCGGUCCGAGCUCAACCGGCUGUAAUACGCAACGCAUUCUACCGCCGGCCAAUAUAAAAUCUCCCGUUAGCACUGAUCCACCAAGUAAGAAUAGCAAUUAUUAUAAAAUUAAAUCGUGUACAUUAUAAAGUUCAUUAUACUUUUCCGAAGUAGGGUGUACCACCAUGACUGGAAAAUCGCAUAUGAGUGCUACUGUCGUUCCGAGCAAGACUUAUAGUACGACGCAGCGCAUUUUACCGACGGUCAAAACACAACCAAUUACCAAUUCGUCAAGUGAGUAAAGCAAUAAUUAUUUUAUAAAACUAAAUUCUCAACAUCGCAACUGUGUACAUUCUAAAGUUCNGAAUAUCGCAUCUGAAUGCUACUGUCGUUCCAGGCAAAGCUGACGGUACGACACAGCGCAUCAUACCUCUGGUCAAUACUCAAUCUCCCAUCGGCACUGAUCCACCAAGUGAGAACAGCAAUUAUUAUAAAAUUGAAUCGUGUACAUUAUAAAUUUCAUUAUACUUUCCCGAAGUAGGGUCCGCCACCAUAACUGAGACAACGUAUCCCAAUGCCACAGUCGGUCCGAGCUCGACCGGCUGUAAUACGCAACUCAUUCUACCGCCGGCCAAUACAAAAUCUCCCGUUAGCACUGAUCCGCCAAGUGAGAAUAGCAAUUAUUAUAAGAUUAAAUCGUGUACACUAUAAAGUUCAUUAUACUUUUCCGAAGUAGGGUCUACCAUAAUGACGGGAAUAUCGCGUUUGAAUGCUAGUGUCGUUCCAGUCAAGACUGACAGUACGACACAGCGCAUCAUACCUCCGGCCAAUACUAAAUCUCCCAUUGGCACUGAUCCACCAAGUGAGAAUAGCAAUUAUUAUAAAAAUUGAAUCGUGUACAUUAUAAAUUUCAUUAUACUUUUCAGAAGUAGGGUCCGCCAACAUGACUGAAACAUCAUAUCCCAAUGCCACAGUCGGUCCGAGCUCGACCGGCAGUAAUACGCAAAGCAUUCUACCGCCGGCCAAUACAAAAUCUCCCGUUAGCACUGAUCCGCCAAGUGAGUACAGCAAAUUAUUAUAAAAUUAAAUCGUUUGUAUAUUAUAAAGAAAGUUAAAUAUUCGUUUACACCGAUUAAAAUACUAUCUACAUAUAUUUUUUUUUUUUUUUAUUGAGUAGGUAAGGCUUCAACUAUUAAGCUUCAACUAUUAGUCUUUAUUAAUUACACAAUAUUGUUCUUAAGACUAUGGAGAUACAUUAUUAUUGUGAUUUUAAUCAGGGGAAGUUAGUGAGACAUGUUAUUUUUUAAGUAGUUUUGCAAUGCCUAUAUUAAUAAAAAAUUGUAUAUAUUUUUGGAGUUUUCUUCGCCGUAAAAAUAAGGACAAUCUAAAAUUUUUUCCGAACACAAGCAUUACAUAUAUACCUAAUAUAGUUUACGGAAUUUAAAGUUAAAAUGAUAUUCGGUCAAGAUAUCCGCAGGAAUAUAAUUUACGAAUAAAAGAAAUACCUUUUGUAUACAUUAUACAUUAUUUUUAUUAGGUGUGAAUGUGUCGAGUUCUCAAAAACCCAACACAGCUGCAACGGUCAAAUCUAUAAAACGCUGCAAAGAAACAAUACAUAUUAUUUUCAAAAUGAUGAAUGAACAUAAUCUACAAACAAAGGUUAAUAUUAUUAUAUUGUUAUUUACUUACACGAAUUGAAACUAGUACGAAUAAUUUUAGUCAAAUACGCUGUGGCCGGUGUAAUACUAUACGUUAAUAAUUUGUUUAUUUUAUUUUAUAUCAUUUAUAGUGUAAUGAAGUAAAAAAUAUAAUCGUCGAAACUGAAGAAAAGUGUAUACCGUGGUUAGCACGGUAUAUUGUAACAAGCUAUAUCAAUAUCAAAUCAAAUUACCGUACUAAUAUAUACUUAAAUUUUUUGAAUUCGUUAAACAGCGAAACACUCAUACAGUUAAUAACGUUGGAAACAGAAACAUCCAUAAAAGUGAGAAGGAAGAUUUUUUUUUAUUUUUAUUUUUUAUAUCAUGAUUAGGGAACAGAUUUAUAUGCAAUUUAAAUCCGCUAAAAACCAUUAAAAAAAUAUUAUAGAAAAGCAAAAGCGGUAGAGUGAUUUUGAACUCGUUAAAAAACGACAAACUUACGGAAUUAAUAACGUUGGAAACCGAAACAAAUAUUAAGGUGAGUAGGACUAUUUUUCUAUUUUUUUUUUUUUACAUUAUAAUUAAGGAACAUAUUUAUAUAUGAUUAAUUUCCGCAAAAAACACUUAAAAAAGUAUUUAAAAAAGCAAAUUUAGUAGAGUGGUUUUAAAAAUUCCCUACUCUAUCUGUUCUAGCUCAUUAAACAAUAUUGUUUAACACUAACAAAUAAUUAACACGAAGUAUUUUUUUUAAUAACACUUACAAAUUUGUUUUGAAAAAAUAAUUUGAUUCUAAUAAUUUGUAUGGUGUUAAAAACAAUUGUUGUUAAGUGAAAGCUAUUGGAUAGGGGAACUUUAAAAUCUGUCUAUUAUUAUCUCUUUUUCAAACAUUUAAAACGCUAUUUUUCAGGGCUUUUUUGAUGUUUUUAAGCGCCUUUUUGUAAAUUUCAAGUUUGUGUAAAUCCCUUUCCUAAUGAUGAUGAAUACGGUAAAUUUUAAAAUAAUAUCUCGCGUAUCUCGUUAGGCACUAUUGAGUCGGGGCGAGUUGAGUUCUGUUUGUAGGAAAACCUUGAUCAAUUUGAGAAGUUGGUACGUGAUGAUGACCCUGGCAAAGAAAAAGCCGAUUAGUACGACAUCUGAAGACUCGACGACAUCAUUGAUAAUGGCGUAUCAAGGAGGAGAGGGCAAAUUGAUGUACACUCUACCGCUUGUAACCGGAAUUCUGGAAACAUGUGCUUACAACGCAGUAUGUCGGAUACGUUUCAUUUUUAUCGGUUUAAUUGCUGAUAAUUCGUUGGUAUAAUAUAAUUCUAUUUUGUUUCAUUAUAGGUGUUUAAUACUAUCAGCCCGUGGACGUUGGAUGUAUUAUACUUUUUGAAUGAACUAUACUGUCAACCGGAUUUGAAAUUCAAGUUCCAAUUUGAAAUGGAAAUUUUAUUCAAAAAAUUAAAAUUUGAACUCGAGGUGAAAAUAUCAAUAAUGUUAUAAAUCAUUAUCUGUAAUCUCAAAUUUUAUAUUUCUGUUAUUUAUGAUUUAAAGCCUGCAACGAGAUGUUUCAUUGAAGAUGCAUAAAAGAUUGUUGCGUACGAACGUCUUAAAACUGAAACAGAAAUGUAUUUUCUUGCACAUGUCUGCGUUGUUUCUCUAUCGGGNUGCGUACGAACGUCUUAAAACUGAAAUAUAAAUGUAUUUUCUCGCAGAUGUCUGCGUUGUUUCUCUAUCGGGUCGACAGCGGUAUUUGGAUCAGAUUUUUUUUUCUAUUAUCUAUUCUGCUUGAAUUAAUGUAUUUUUACGAAACCUUAUAAAAAUACAAUACCGUUGUUAACAAUAUUUUGUAUUUUUUUUUCUGUUUUUGUAGUGUUUUCUACUAUGAUUUUAUCGAAUUUAUAGUUUAACCAAAAUAAUGUUAUAAAUUGAAAAAAAAUUGACUGUGGAAAUGACCGAUACAUAAAUCACGAAAAAAUAAAUAGCCUAUUAAGUAGAUUUACAUGCACACGCUAUCUCAUGUAUAAUAUAAACAAAUUCUUUGAUAUGUUNUGUGAACAUUAUUUAGUAUUUUUUUUUCUGUUUUUGUAGUGUUUUUCUACUAUGAUAUUAUCGAAUUUAUAGUUUAACCAAAAUAAUGUUAUAAAUUGAAAAAAAAUUGACUGUGGAAAUGACCGAUACAUAAAUCACGAAAAAAUAAAUAGCCUAUUAAGUAGAUUUACAUGCACACGCUAUCGCAUGUAUAAUAUAAACAAAUUUUUUGAAAUGUCGAUAUGUUGAGAUGAACGGNUUUAUAGUUUAACCAAAAUAAUGUUAUAAAUUGAAAAAAAAUUGAAUGUGGAAAUGACCGAUACAUAAAUCACGAAAUAUUAAAUAGCCUAUUAAGUAGAUUUACAUGCACACGCUAUCGCAUGUAUAAUAUAAACAAAUUUUUAGAUAUGUUUAGUUAUCCAGAUGAACGUUUUCGUCAAAAUUUGAUCAUAAAACAAUUAUUAUAAAAAAAAAAAAAAACUAUUAUACAUUAAUACUAUUUACUAAUUAUAAAAUAAUGAACCUUGUAAUAAAUUGUCAAGUAUGUUUGGUAAAAUAGUUUUAUGCAUACCUAUAUUACCGAAUAAAAAUGCAAUGUAUGUAUAUGUUAGUACCUAUGAAACAAUCAUUUUUACUAUUAUUACCUCACAGUUUUUAUUCAACAUGUAUGCGUCAAAUGUUUUAAUUUGUAUAUUAAUAUUGUAAACUAGGUUAUCAUAAUUUGUAACCUUUAACUUUUAGAUUUUGAUUGUAGCGAUGGAGCUUUUGGUUAUACAGAGAUGUUUAUUUUUUCCUGUGCACAACUUCCUUUUAAUCAACAAUUUUACUCAAACUUAUAUUGAUAGCAAUAUUUCUAAAACGAAAUUUCACUGGGAAGUACUUUAACGAGUUUACUUUCCGAUUUUCUCAGUCGUUUUCCCAGCAAAUGUUUAAAACCGGGAUAAAACAUAGGAAAACCAUGUAAAAAGUAGGAAAAUUGGAAAAAUCGGUACAAAGUUAAUCAAAUAUUAUUUAAGGAAAUAUAUUUAGCCUAUUUCAUUAUAUAACUAUAAAUUAACAUAUAUAUUGUUGACAAUGCCUCUCUAUCAACUGAACUCCAUUCGAAAUGGUUUUUUUGGUAAACAAUGGUUUAUCGUUGCUUACAGGUAUAAAUUAAAUUAUCCAUAACAGUUGGUGCACUUAUCCCGUUUAUCCUAGGACGCCUUUUUUUUCCACGCAUUUUUAUAAAAUAUUAACUUUACAUUUUCUUAACCUUUCGAAAAGUGUUUAUUUAUAUGUAUAUAAUAAUAUUUUUUUUUUUUUUUGUUACAAUUUAAGUACUAUUAUAAUUGUAUGUAGGUAAUUUACAUGUUUAUCAUACAGCUACAUAUAUUAUCAACGUGUUUUGUAACCCUCAUAUUAUUUUUCAUUAAUGACAAAAUAACGUACGCAUUACAAUAAUCAUUAUACAUUAUUAGAUUAUAAAAUAUAAAGUGCACAUAAAUCUCUUCGGAGACUUUAACGAAUGCUACUGCGGUUCUUUCAUACGAGGCGGCCGCAAAGUAAUUAUUUAUUCGAAAAAAUUAAACGUAGUUAAACGAUAAAUAAAAGAAAUGUAUAUAAUAUAUUUAUAUAUAUAUUUCAUAUUUGAGACUAAACCUCCUAAACGUAACGUAAAAAAAUAAAAACUCUCGAGACCAUUUAUCAAUCACAUCAUAAUUAUGUGCAUUUCCGCGUUUUGAACGUGUGCUGGUUACUCGGUCCUCGCACGCGUUCGAAUUUUCUCACGUAUAAAAAAAUAUGCUUGUGUAUUUUUAUCGUUUAUAACGUGACUAUUUCCUAGUGAGUAGGUUCAACCGCUACCGCCAAGCAUAAGGAAAUAGUGUUUAUUCGUUAAUAUUAGCACCUGUGUUAUAAAUACCUACACCGAACCAAUGACAGCCGGACAUAUAACUUUUUAACGUUUUUAUAUUCUGCGGAUGAUAUGUUUUAUUCUGUUUGUCUUUCAACACGGUAUCGACCAAAAGAAUAUUUACCUAGAUUUAAGAAAACAAUUCUUUCAAAUAAAAAUAUGUCUGAUGUUACCUAUAGUAAAAUUAAAUAGUAUUAGUAUAUAAAGGUUAACACAUAGUGAUAAUGCUCCCAAAAAUUUACAAAAAAAUGUAUGGUCCACCGGUAUACACUGGGACACCCCGGUAAUUAUUUACCCGGUGAUAUAUCUGACCGAAAUUAUAGAACUUUAGGGGAAUUUAUAAUCUUUAUAAACAUUUUACCCACCGCGAUCAAAUUUUCCCCGUGAAUUUUUAACGAAAGGUAAAUAUUAACUAUAAUGAAAUAUAUACUCCCUAGCAGUUAAUCGAGGGGUUAUAUAAUUUUCGUAAUGAAGUUUAAUCGGCAGGUUAAAUAUUCACUAGAUAAUGAAAUCUGACCGAGGGCGAAGGGUCAAGUAAAAUGGGGAAUAGUUUUGGACCAAAUUUACUGAUAGCGCACUCAUAGGUCUUCAUCAAACGGAUUAAGAUCUGCAGAUAACAUCUUGAAGAAAAAUAUUUAAAAUUUUAAAAUUUUCAAUUUGAUGGCCUCACCAGAUUUUGAUUUCUUGGUUAUACUCGGAGGAAAAAUACCGCGAACCGCGUCGUCUACCGUAAGUAUAUCUCAUUAUUCUCAUAAGUUAUUGUGUAUAUGUGUAUUUUUUUUUUAAAUACCUACCUAAUAAUAAUAUUAUUAUGUCAAUAUUACGCGUCUACGUUAUUCGAUCUGGUCUGUUCAAACGGUCUGCCCACGGGAUUUACCGCGACCAUGUGACGCUCGGUUUUUUUUUUUUUCGUAUAUACCUACCUAUAGGUAUACAGAUUUUCGGGUGGGCGCGCGGAAAUGGCGAGUUUAGAGGACACCUGUGUCGUACAUUAAAAAAAAAAAAAAUUAAUGAUAUUAUUAUUGCUGUCAGAUAGGCGUAUAUUCGUAUAUUACAUACACUGACACGUACCUUAAUUCAAAAUAAUAUUGUGUUCCGAUGAUAAAACGAUGUGCGACGGUUUUGCAUCGAUGAAUAGUCGCGGACACGAGCGCGCGCGACUUUAACGACCGGACUACAGUUUUUUUUUAAUUUUUCCUGUAGACAACUUUUCUUCCAGAAAUGUUACCCCGAUUUCUAAGUGUAUCAACUUUUCUAAACGUAAAUCGGACUGAGGGCGUACUUUAGGGAGGCCAUUUUUUGAUUUUCUCAGGAUUUUUUCCGAUAAAUGAGAAAACCGGGAAAAACAUAGGAAAACGGGAAAAUAGAUACAAUAUUAAACAAAUAUUAUUAAAGAAUAUAUAUAAUGCCUAUUCAACUAUUUUACCAUAAUAUGACAUAUAUACUGUUUACAGAGCAUCACGAUCAACUGAACUCCGCUCAGAAUCGUUUUUUCGUUAGCAAUACUUCGUCGUUGCUGACAGGUACACAUUAAAUUACUUAUAACAUGCGGUGGCUGCACCCGACCCCAUUAUCCUAGGACGUCUUUUCUUUUCUUUUCUUUUACGUUUUCCAAAACCGGUUCGGCUGAUUUUUAUAUUGUUGUGGCAUACACCUUUUAUUUUUAGUACGUUUGUUACACUGCAGCAACACUCGCGCUGAUGGCAUAAAUCGUUCGGUCGGACGAAGACGACGGGCGGACAGGAUAUGGUUAUAUGUACGCAUACAUACACGUAUAUAAAAUGAUGGCCGAGCGUGUGUACGCACUUUUGGAUGUCGUCGUCGACAACGAUGGUAAUAAUAAUUGGGGGUGUUAGGGGGGAGGGGGUAAUAUACAUAUAAAUAAGGCUGCAUCCGAAAUCCGUCCCAAAUAAAAAAUUUGAAUUUAAGGACAUACUAGUUCCGUCCCGGUCUUUUAAAAUUAAUAUACUGAUUCCGUCCUGUGUAAUUUAUUUGGUCGCACGAGUUCCGUCCCGUUUUCUAUUUUCUACACUAUUUUUACGACUGCGGUUACAAUUGUACAUUAUUUAGAAAUAAAGAUAAUAUUGCUUUCAGUUAUUGCAUUAAAUAAUCGAACUUUAAUAUUAUUUGAAUUUUUUCUGUGUUUUAACAUUAAUAUGAAAAAUGUCUAUAUAAAUUAUUAAUUUUUUAUAUCAUAUAAAUUUAAUUCAAUAAGAAAUUGUUAUUUGUGAAAGUAUAUACUACGUUUAAAUUGUUUGUACCUAACACUUAUGUAUUGUAAUAUUGAUAAAAAUAUUUUUAAUCGGGACGGAAUUGGUAUGAAAAAAGGUUAUUGGGACGGGACUCGGAUACAGCCAUAAAUAAAACUACCAAUUUCUCGGAGACAAUAAAAUACCGAACGGAUUGAGCGCUAAAAAAAAUCCCCGUUUAUUUUAUAGUUCCCGACUCUCGAUGGUAUAGGACACGUAUAUCGUCUUGCUAUACUAUUUGAUAUGAAGAAUAAAAUUAAUGCGCGAAUCGCGGACCACUACGCGGCAGCAGCAUUGUCCGUCUUUGGAGUUGUCGUCGAUUAUACGGUGUAAUACUGAUAGAGGUGAUCGAUCAUACUUGCGGUUCGUAGAUUAACGGAUGUAUAAAUACAAUAAUAUUUCAUAUAGUGACGAUAGUGGUUUUACGACCCACGGGGCAAACAUUAGUUUUACAUCUUGUAUUUAUAAUUGACAAUCGUUGCUUUUUUUUAGUUGUCCUUGCCUUUUCAUUAUAAAUCUUUAUUAUGAAAAUUUUGUCUGAAUAGUGUAAUCAAUGAUGCUUUUUUUGUUUUCCUUUUAGUUUUCUUAAUAAUUGAAAAAACCGAGAGAAAGAUAGGAAAAUGGACAUAUAUCCUCUCGAUAAGGAUUUCUGUAAUUUUCUAUUAUGUUUUGUUAUUGUAAUUCGGUUAAAAAUAUUCAUAUAAACAUGACAUUUUCACGAUUUAUAUUAGACUUUUCUAGAUGUUGUAAAAUUUUCAAAACAUUCUUGCGAUUUUGUGCUAUUUAUAGUUGAUUAAAAAUAUUUUUGUUCACAUAAAAUUGUUAUACAACUCCGCAGUUAGAAGCUACUUACUCAAAAUAAUACAUAUAUGUGCAAACGAUUUUACGUCGAAGUGAAAGAAUACUCUAUUCUUAUUAGCUAUUUGAUUUUAUAAAAAAUGAAUCUCAGAAAGAUCCGAAAGUGAACGUAAACGUUAUGUAAUUAUAAUGAAAUAAUGAAAAACUAUAACCUAGAAUUACUUAUACUUUAAUAAGUCUAAUACACAAUAUGUACUAUAUAUAAACAAAAAUAAAUAGGUUUUUAAAAUUUUACCACGUUCUAGAAAAGGCUAAAAAGUUUUCCGCCCAAAUUUCAAGUCUCUAUGAAUAUUUAACUGAAUAAAAUUAUAAAAUCAAAAUACAAAAUAAUAUAAAAAUUAUUUCGUAAAUUUUUCCGUUCUUUUAUGUUUGUUUUCAGCUUCAAUUAUUAAAAAAACUUUAAGCCGUACAAAUUUAAAAUGAUAAAAUCAUUGUGCCAUAAUUUGAAAAAAUCGUGUUUUUCGCCUUUUUUGUUUUUUCCGAACUAUUAUGAAAAAUAUUGUAGAUAGAUAUCAAAAAAUAACUACCUCUAUCAGUGGCUAUAUUUUAAUAGAAAUAGAAUCGAACUCUAGUCACUACUCGAUUCGAGUAAUGUUUUUUAGUAGAAAACAUAAAUUACAAAACCAAAAACAAUUUUAAAUUGGUAACCUUCGAUUUUCUUUCGGGUUUUUCCCAAUUAUUUCGUAAAACUCUUUGGAUUUAAAAAAAAACAACCCUUUAUAAUGCCCUAAAUAGACAAAACUUCCUUUCAGAAAAAGUACUAUAUUCUGUACAUCGCAGCAAGAAUCCUUUUCAAAAAAUUGUUUACAGAUAGAAAAAAAAAACACACAUUAUAAUAAAACCAAUAGAACGCUACGUUCCGAAUCUAAAAAUAUGACGUAAUACCAAUGACUGUGCAGCCACUGUUAUAGCUGGGAAGUUGAGAAUGUAAGAUAUAUAUUAUUAAGGUUGCUUAAUUUGUAUCAGUAAGCUAGUAGUAAAUCAGUAGCACCGACAAACCACCGCUAACAUAUUUUUUGACUAUAGUAGGAUUUCUGGUGGAAAAUUUUUUCGAACAGAAAAAAAAUAAUAAAAAUACAUCAUAGUACAAUUAAUGCAUUCAUCACACCUCUCCAGAUUUUUUCCCUUGAAAAUCUUUUUUUUAGAUAUGCGUUAAACGAUUAAUUAUUUGUGUAUAGUAAAAACUUGUGUAUAGUUAGAAAUUUGGGGAGGCGCGGCCCCUGGGCCCCCCUGAAUCCGCCACUGCUAGUAGAUCAAUUCACGGUAUUUGAAUGUUAAGAACGUGCAGAACUAAUUCAAAACUUUAAUCAUCUUCGGAUUUUAUUGUACGCAUGUCAUAGUAAUAUUAAUUGGCAAUAGGAAAACCGACUGUCGGAAAUACAGCCAACACAAGAAGUGGUGAAUCUGGAGAGCGCUAAUAAAUAUAUAAGCCGAGAUGUGUUAUUAAUAGAAUCCGUCAUGGCUGUGCUCGAACUAGGGAAAAUUUCUGACAGAAGAUCUAAAGUGCGAUUGUAGGGAUAUCUAAUCAAUAGAACAUUUAUAUGAAGAUACAGACUUGCCGGGAUCUGGUGCAAUUUUGAUUGUUUUAUAUACGGAGACCCUGACGAAAUACCGAUCGGGAAAAAUCAAGAAAAUGAUUGCACGUCGUCACGUGCAAAAGAAAAACAAAAUGAUGACAAAUAUGCAAUUUUAUUUGAAAAUCUAUAAUCUCUGUAAUUAAAUUAAAUUAUAUCGUUCACGCCUUACAAAUAAAUACAAAACUACUGGUUUGAAUAUUUGUAUCUAUUUGUUUUCGUAGUUUUCUUUUAUUAUUGUUCGUAUUGCCGAUUGUGUUUGACAAAAUUAUUAUAAUAAUAUAAUAUACUCGCCACUCGGAGGAUAGGAUAACAAUCGGACGAAAAGACAAUUCAAUUCAAUUAUUUUGGAAGAGCUUCCAAACCCGCAGCGUCAUCUGUAUAAUAUAUUCGUAUAAGACGACACUUCAUACUAUAUACUACAUUAUCUUAUGAUCAUUGUGAUAUUAUGUUUGUUCUAAAAACGACGGGGUGCCGCCAACAAGUAUUAGGCACCUAUAUAAUAUAAUAAUAAUAAUAAUAAUAAUAAUACUAUAAUUCUGUUACAGUAUUCUGUAUCACGCACGAGACACGUGUAUAUUAAUCAACCAAUGACCCCGAGAUUUUGAAAGUGCGCCAACUGACCAUGCCUAAGUAUGUGGGUGCUCCCGCCAUCAUAUUAAUAUACACCAGUAAAACAUAAUAUACAACCGGCCGCAAUCGUAUAUUUUCCAUUCAUGAUUUCCAUGCGAAUACGACUUACUAUAACAUAUUAUAAUAUUGGCGCCUACUAUACAGCUGUAAUAAUACACUAUACACUAUAGAUUAUAAUAAUAUUCAAUUGAAAUAUUACGCGAUUUUUUCGCAAAUUAAUUGUAGCUGAUAUUUUUCAAUAAAUACUAUUUUUAGCAUUACUGUAGGUACGAUAUUUGAUCUGUAUCCGGCAGAUACCAUAAUAACAUAGUACGUAUAUUUAUUAGGCGGUUUAAUAUUUUAUAUCAUUUGGGUUCAAUGUGUUUUAAUCUAUUUCAAAUCGAGACCGGGUAAAAUCCAAUAAAAAAAGGUACAAAUCAAGUUAAUUGUAACAUUUUUAACUUAGCUUUUAUAACCUUUGAUGUUUUUAUUAACUCGCGUUUGAAUUAUUCAAUUAAUUAAUAACGGGUUAAUUUUUAUCUAUAGGUCAUCGCCUAAAAUAUAUUGUGCAGUGUCUACGACAUUGAUAGUGUUGAACGAAAUCGUAUUAGCUCAGUUUAUUAACUCAAGAAAAAAAGCGCACAUAAUAGUAAAACCAAUAGUUCUCUUGCUACGCUCCGGAUCUAAAAGUGUUUUGAUUAAUUUAAUAUUAUGUUAAGGUUUAGACUUAAGUCAGGCCGUCCACUAAUAAAAUUAUCAUAAUUUUUCUAUUAUUUAAAAAUUUCGAAUUUUUGUUUUAAUCUGUGGUUACAUUAUUAAGUUUGACAAAUAAACAUUUAUUUAUAUAUCUGUAAUAACCGACAUUGAUAAUAUACACUACUAUAUUAUAGCGUAAUCACAAGUCAAACACAAGCAACGGUUCUACAACUGGGGCAUAAUUGUUAAAUAAUAUUGUAUACUCAAUCAAUAGUAUAAUAGUAAGUCUUAAAAUAUCGGUGUAUGGUAUACAGUAUAGACGGUAUAGCAUGCGUCAUGUGUGAUAACAGAUUUGCGUUCAGGAAAACAAAAUCGUAAAAUUAAAGUUUUCUGUUCUCUAGCUGAUUGUUGGGUAGUUAUUUUAUAAUAUUUUAAGUAACGCGAAAUGUAUAGAUAACGUAUUUUAUUUCACUGGAACACUAUUAUGGAUCGUUUUGUUAUUCAGAAAUUGACAACUACAGAUGAUGGAAGUGUAUAGAAAAAAUAUUAAAAUUUAAAACAACAUUUAUUAUAAUUUAUGUAAUGAUAUAUUGAGUAUUAUGAACAUUUUUUUUUUAUAUAAUUUUAGACUUUGAGCGUAGCGGGGGAUCUUUUGGUUUUAUAAUGAUAUGUGAUUUUGUAUUUUGUAUUUUUUGUGUCUAUGAGCAACUUUUCUACUAGAAAUAUUGCUUCAAUAAAAACAGCUACCUUACCUACGAACAACAUACCUUUUUUAUUGAAUUUUUAAUCUAGUAAGUGAGCAAGAAAGCCGUUUUUGAUUUUUCCCAUAGUUUUUUUUUUUUAAUAACUGGAACCGAAUAAAACAGAAAAAAUGUGAAAAUUUACGAAAAUAAUGCUUUUAUUAUUUCCAUUUUUUUUUUUUUUUUUAUUGUUGUUGUAAUUAUGUUAACAUUAUCCGUAGAGACAUGAAAUUUACACAGAAAACAUAUAUUUGACUUUUAUAGACUUGGUAAAAAACUUUAACACUUUCGAAACAUUUAGUGGAGCACUAUUCAAACGCUACACGCCGUGCCGCCACAUAAAUGAUACUCCACUACUUUAUUCCGAUCCAAAUUUAAAAAUGGAAUAUCUCGUGAACGGGUUGACAGAAAUCGAAAACUACGAACCAUUUGAAAAUCAAAAGUUGAUAGUUAUUUCGCCCCAAAAGUAA